AUGUUCCUCUACAGACUCUUGUACCCCGAACCACCCCCCGUGGAGAUCGUGGAGACCAUGGAUGAGGUGCGCAAACGGGCCCCAGUGCCGUUGGCUUUUGAGCUUGUUCGACAGUCUGAAAUCUUCCUCGAAGAGUCUCUCUAUCCACAGGCCUUCAGUCUUUUGCUCGAUGUUCUCGCGUCAGGCAACAUAACCUCCGAAACAGGGACUGUCGCCUCGACCCCGGUAGUGAUCCCACAGCCGCAGCACCUCGCUAUCGCCGCGACGAUGCUUGUCCAUCCGCACACCACAACACGUGCCAAACUGGAUGCUGAGAAAGAGGCUCCUAAUAUCGCAUUACGUCUGCUUCGAUUAACGAAUGCUCUCGUUGGGCCUACAGCUGCGCAGUUUCAUACGGCUUUCGCUUUCACUCAUUUCGAGACCACCCGUCACGGUACACGACGUGGGGGCAGCCCGGCGCUUAAGGAGGCCAUGUCCGAUGAUAGGAAGACGAGCUUCGGUGGAGGCCGCUUAGUCUGGAAUGAAGCAGAAGACUUCUGGCAUGCCGUCGGCUGGGCAUUCAACUGCUCAGUGUUACACCCGGCCCUAUGGAAGCAUUGGCAUUUAUGGCUUCAGUUCAUGUGCCAAGUGCUUGAAGAUGACUGGACCGAACGAGAGCAGCAGUACGCAGAGGCCCAAGAAAAAGAGACUUUGCAGAAUUCGGACGGAGAAGCUUUGAAUGUCGAACCUCCAGAGCAGGAAACCCACAAGGGCAAGGGGGGUCGGCCACGGAAAGUCGAACCGAAAGAUGGGCUUGAAGUUUUCCGAGAGAGUUUGCUUUAUCAAUACGUCGCAUUGAGCAAUAUUUAUGGACGAGAUCGCAGGAUUAUGCGAGCAAUCUUUGCAGAUGGCAAACCCAACUCGGCCGAAUUCAGGGCCGUCUUCGAAGAUGAGAUCAAAGUGCACAAGCCCAAGAAGAAGCGGUCAAGCCUGAAGAAGAGAGCAGGAGUCGACCUUAACAAAGGAGAAUAUGGAGAUUACGAGAACGACUCGGAGGACGAAUACACCAAUCCCAGGGACUCCAGAGCCUCGCCCUCUGCACCCCCUGCACAGAACAGACUGCUACGACGACCCAAGCGCACCCGUCGUACACAAGCUACAAUAGACAAAGCCACUGGCUCUGGAUUGGAUGCAUAUGAUAAGACCGCAGAUCACGAAAACGGCAUCGCCUCUUUAGGCGGCUACAACUCCCUCGUUCUCAGGCAACGACUUCUCGUUCUCCUUUACAGGCUCUCAAUUAAACUCCCCAAAGACUUCAUGUCCACAGAAGAUGCCUGCCAUAUGUUUAAAGAGAACAUUCGAGACCUUCCGCUCCCCGUAUUUCAACACAUGGUCACUCCCUCCAACAUUCAGGGCCUCGAGCUAGGGGCGCACUCCUAUCUUUGUGAACAAUUAUCCUACAGCAUGCACGAGAGCUCUGCUCCUCCUUUCAAUGAUGAUCUCCUGACUCAGCUGAAACUGGAGAGAUGCUUCCUCCCCUAUAUGGCGGCUAGUCCGAGUGCGGCGAAUAAUGCCAAAAUUUCCAUGUUGCUCGAGGCUAUGAUGACUCUCCUUCAUGAUUCCAAGAUGCUUUCAGCGACCCCGGAGUUGAAAGAGGCGGUUCGGAAUGGCAUUGAGCGUCGGCAGUCUGCUUGCUGUGGCGACAGCAAUGCCGUGGCGUUGGCUUACUUGCGGGAAAGUAGCCUUCGGAUACAAUUUAUGGUGGACUUUGUUUUACCUUGA